GGCGGCGGGGACGGGUGCGCCGGUGACACCGCGCGGCUGCUUCUUGCCCUCCCCCGCGAGUGGCUGCCGGGAUCCAAGAUGGAGUCGGUGAGCAGAGCGGGGCAGGAGAUCAGCCUGGCGGCCCUGAAGCAGCACGACCCGUACAUCACCAGCAUCGCCGACGUGACCGGCCAGGUAGCGCUCUACAGCUUCAGCCCGAAGGCCAACGAGUGGGAGAAAACCGACAUAGAAGGGACCUUAUUUGUGUACAAAAGGUCAGCUUCUCCUUAUCAUGGUUUUACGAUAGUGAAUCGACUGAACAUGCACAACCUGGUUGAACCAGUAAAUAAAGAUUUGGAGUUUCAGCUCCAUGAACCUUUUCUUCUCUACAGAAAUGCUAGCUUGUCAAUUUACAGUAUCUGGUUUUAUGACAAGAAUGACUGUCAUCGAAUAGCAAAACUCAUGGCUAAAGUGGUAGAACAAGAAGCUCAGAGAUCGCAGCAAGUUUCCCAGGACAGAAAAAGUCCCAGCAGGACCAAUGGCUGCAAUGAAAACAGGCCCAUUGACAUCCUUGAAAUGCUUAGUAAAGCCAAGGAUGAAUAUGAACGAAAUCAGGUCAGUGACUUAAGUGUUAUAUCAAGUUCUGGAAUGCAACAAAAUGCAAAUCCUCCAAAGCCAGAAAGCACAGAGCCUUCAGAACAAAAAACUUCAUUACAAGUGCAGGAGCAGCCAUUUCAGUCAAUGCAGAAGCAUCUGACUUUGGAGGAACUGUUUGGAACCUCUAUACCAAAGGAACAGCCCACAGCUCUGUAUCCCAAUCCAGAGAGAAUGGAGAAGUUGCAGACUGACACCUCUGCCAAAGAGCAGCAUAGUUUGCUCUUGCCUUUUUCCUUUGACCAGUCAACAGUAAUACAACAAUCACUAGGGAAAUCUGAAAGUCCAAGCGUUAAAACCAGUGCCAAUCCUUUGAAUCAGCAGGAAUGUUUAACACCUAUGCUAAUACCUCCAGCGUCAGUUUCCCAGACUGAUAUAAAAAAUGUUUCAAGCUAUUCAGUUCGUUUAAGCCCUGUUCUUAAUUCAGCCUCGACAAUGGAAGCUGCCCCUGCUCAGAUGCUUCCUGGCCUAAAACAAAACAACAGUAUAAUGCAAGUUAUGCAGCAAGCUGCCAAGCAGAUAUCCCCACUAGUGAAUCAGCCGUCAUCUGAAGUGAACCACGCUCCACAAAAUCUAAUGGCUGGCCAAAGCCAGCUUAUAGCACCCUUGACAUCAACAAAUACAGGAACUGUCUCAAAUACAUCCCAUACAAGUGUUGAUCUUCUCCAGAAACUCAGGUUGACCCCACAGCAUGACCAAAUGCAACAGCAGCCUCUCACUAAGACUUCCUUAACACCAAACAUCUCUGCCUCGGUUGGCCAACUUGCAACACCAGAAAGCUUCAAAGAAUCUCACAGUAAGCCAUCACCCUUGAACAGCAAGAUAAUCUCUCCCCUUCAGACUGUACAACAAAACAAGGAAUCAGAAGUAUUUCCACAGCCGAAGACUUUGUCUAAAGCAAGUCAAGUUGCACCUCCGCAGUUUGUUACAGCCACUACUACAGUAGCACCUUCAAUCCUCUUGUCUCCUAGUGUUUUUCAGCAAUCAUCUACAAAAGCUACUGAAGUGGAGAAUAAAGCCAAUUCUUCUUCGCCUUUAACACUUGGAACAACAGAAAUUCAGACUAUACCUCCUACUGUUCUCAGUAGGUCUCAGCUUCAGGAAGCACUGAUACAUCUAAUAAAGAAUGAUUCCCGUUUUCUCAGCACUAUUCAUGAAGUCUACUUGCAAGUCCUAACCAAGAAUACAGACAACAUUAAGCUAUAAUUGAAGCUAAAUCUACUUAAAAUAUAUCCAUUUUAGAAACAAUUAUGCCUCGUCUAUAAAACUGAUAUUUUUUUAAAAGAAUAUUUAGUUUUCAACGUCUUGAAUUUGAAUCUGCUAGGAAAGACUAUUCCUUAAAUACUUACAAAAGUAAUAUUCUCAGAAGUGAUCUAGGUUUUCACUGUGAUCAUCACCAGCAAACCUUUGUUUUUAUUGGGGAGGGGACUUAAGUUUGAGCUUUCAUUAGCAUUAAGUGAAUGUGCAAAUGUUUGCUCUGGCUUUCAUUCCUAGCUGUAUUCACUCUUCAAGGAUUACAGUCUCAAUGCUAUUUAAACCAGCAAAUACAUAGUACAGUACACUACACCACACCAGAACAAAAUCCAGUUGUGGGAACCUAGUUCCGGUUUGAAGGACUGAGGAAAAGCAAAAUGCCUUGUGAUUAAAUUGGCAGGUGUGGGGAAGGAACGGAUCUGGAAGCCAGGCCUUUGGAGCUAAAUCUUUAAUAAAAGAUUUAAAAAUGUGAUUUGCUCAAUACAUUGACAGUCUCUAGCUAAUGCGUAUAAAUUCAUCUUUUAAAUGUUCCAUUAAUCUUAUUUGCUUCUGCGUCGCUGACAUUAAACAGGUAUCCAAGUGAGUAAGGCCAUUUUCUCUAAAAAGGCAAAAUUUGAAAUAUGCAAAAUCCUCAGUGAUUGUAUUUUUUUUUAAUUUUUUUUUUUUUUUUAAGCAAUGGAGUAGUUCUGUUGCAUGUUGAAGUUCUCUUGUUUUAAAUUUAAUAGUUAGGAGACCACCACUGGAAGACCCUUUUCCCCUUUAGCAGUGUUUGAUAUUUAAAUACUUUGUUUCUGUUUUAGCUUAAGGAUGGACCAUGUCAUAGUUGGCUUUUAUUCCUCAGUUGCAUUGGAAUUGCAGUGUUGAAAACUGUGCAGAUGGGGAACAAAUGCAUGCUUUGCUUCUGUUACCCUCUCCCCAAAUUGUUGGUGCACACUUCAUAGUCUGAAGUUUAUCUAAUUAAAAUGUUAUCGCUUCUUAUAUGUGAUUUAGUAAUUCACUAUUCACUAAUGUAAGAAUUUAACUGGAUACUUUCCCAUUUGAAAUCAGAAAAUUUCUAAUUAUAGUUUCUUAUGCUGCUCUGUUGGUUUACCCAUGGCUUGUAUUUAUUUCUUAAAGGCAUGCAAAAGUAAUUAAUAAGACUUCAGGUCCCAACUUUUUCCAGCAAUAGUAGUUUUAAAGGAUGCUUUUCCAGUAGAAAAGGUCUGGUUUAUUGAGUAAAAAGAUAAUCUGUAGUGAAUUAUGAUGCACUGCUGCUUUCUUUUCCCUCAAGCACUAUUGAAAUAUGAAGAAGAAAAUUGUUUGGCUCCUUACAACAUAUAUGUAUGUAUAUAUAUCCUAAGGAUUAGUUAAUGUUGACGUAGUCAAGGUGCAUGGUCAUUUCAUUGGAAACUAGUAAUUGAGCUUUAAUUGUGACUUGUUCACAAAUCGGUAUGUUUUAGAUACAACAAAUAUUUACUUUUUUAUGUAUUUGAUCUAUUUUAGUUUUUUUCAUAGCUUUUUAGUGAAAAAUAUAUUUUGUUUAGCACUACCUGCCUUCUGAAAAGCUCUUCUCAGCCUUUGAGUUCAGUGUUUCCCGUUAAAAUACAUAGUAUUUUGUUAGAAAAAUGUGCAAGAUUCAGGGAAAGAUUCUAAUGUCAUGCACAUUCAUCGAGAAAUAUAUUGGCUUUAAUGGUAGCAUUUGAAUUCAGCAAUAUCAACUCAGCCUUGUUAAGGAAGAUAGGAGCUUCCUACAUAAAUUCUAGAGUUAGAAUACUGUGUAUGUGCAUAAACAGUGAGACUGAAAUUAGAUCUAAGGUCUAAACUAAUUUGUUUUGUUGGGUUUUUUAGAAAAAGCUUCACUACAAGGGGCAAACCAAUGAGCAGUUCCUCUAAACAAAAAUGGAUAGCCUAAACCAAAUAGAGAGUUGUUUUUUAUCUGGAUUUAGCAAAGAUGAAGUCCAUAACUUCUGACUUCUUAUGGACAGCUUCUAGUUCCUUCAAAGGAAGAUUUGAUAAAAGUUUCUAAGAAUAGAAAUACUGGAAGCUGAUAGUGCAUAUUUCUACUGUUUGCUAAAUACAGUCAUAUCCAAAGAUCUAUAGAAAUGAUAGGAAGGAGUUGUAUUUUGAGUUCUUCAGUCAUACACAAUUGACAGAAGUAAUACUGUUUAGAGUAGCAAUGCUGUUAACAAGAGUUUGACUCUACUUUGAAUAUCCUUAACUUGUUUCCAGCUGCCCAGAACACCCACAAGCAGUUGGCAGAUCCUUACUCUAGUUUGUUUUUGUAGUGUACUGGUAGCAAUACAUUAUUGGUUUACUCCCCCCCACACUUUCAAAAUUAAUUGGAAAAGCAACAGAGUUGAAAUCAUAGUUACUAGGCAGGCAUUUUUACAAGCAAACCUGUUCAUCUUGAGCACCUGCACAUGUUUGUUCUGACCUCUCUAUGUGUAGCCAACAGACACUGGAACCAACCUAGGUGUCAUCCAAUACACCACAGAGACUUAUGACAAGUGCCAGGGUAGUGGGUUUAACAGAUAAACCUCUUUAAUGAAAAGUUGCAUUGUAAAACACAAGCUCAACUACAGUGUAAAAUUUGAGGGUUUUUUUUUAAAUGUGGACUGUGUUAUUUAACAACUUUCUUCCUGAUUAUUUUAACUUUUUUUAUAAAUCUAAAAUUACCAGCUUGUUGAAGUGCUUGACUCAUGUUAUCCGCAUGUAGGGAUAACUACUGUGUAGCAAGUUACCAUGGGGCAUCGCAGGAAAUUUUGACCAUUUUCAAGUGAUUUUUUUUUUUUUUUUUUUUUUUUGGUAAAACUACUGGCUUAAUGGGAUUUUACCUGAGAAUUAAAAGAUUAUUAGUUUUGAAUAUACUCCCCAAAUUAAUUGUAUUAUCUAAGCAUGUGUUUUGUGGCUAGCGUUAAGUCACUUAAAAAAAAAAAACAAAAAAAAAAAAAAACACACAUACACAGAAAACCAAACACCAAACUCAGACUUAAUCAAAGACAGUUUUAAAACCUACAGCUGCUGAAUUGUUCAGGAAAAUCAAAAUUCUCAGUUUUGUAGUUAGACUUUAUCUGCUGUUAUUUAAUAGUGCAAAGUUUUUAUGAAAGGUGCCUGACAGCUAUUAACUUAGAAGCAGUAUAUCUUUCCAAAUUAAACAAGAUUUGCAGUAUGAUUGAAUAAAGUU